GCCACAUUGUGGCUAGAAUUUCCGUACUACCCUUGCCGAAAUGCCCUGACGCUGAGCUCAUCGCCUUAAAAUUUCCCAAAACACUUGCGCCGAUUUUUUCUCUUUUUCCUUUUCUUGCCCUCAUACAAACCUCAGUGCAUUUUACUUAGACGAAUAACUCUCGUUCUCCUUGCGACAGCAUACCUGCGUUUACUCGCCGCGCCUAAUCAUUAAUAUUCUCUAUCCGUCUUCUCAGUUUUUCAUAAAUCUACCGACAAAAUGCCCCUCGCUGCUGGUGACUCCAAGAAGGGUGCCAACCUCUUCAAGACCCGAUGCGCUCAAUGCCACACCCUGAAGGAAGGCGAGGGCAACAAGGUCGGCCCUGCGCUACACGGUCUCUUCGGUCGUAAGACCGGUCAGGUCGAGGGUUACGCCUACACAGAUGCCAACAAGCAGAAGGGUAUUACCUGGGACGACAAGACUUUGUUCGACUACCUAGAGAACCCCAAGAAAUACAUCCCAGGUACCAAGAUGGCCUUCGGUGGUCUCAAGAAGGACAAGGACAGGAAUGAUCUUAUUACAUUCUUGAAGGAGUCUACGGCAUAGACGAAGUUACGAGACAGACGUGUACCAUUACAAUCAUGAUUGCAUAGACAGGACCGGCCAGUUGUACUUAUAGACAGACUACUAGACCGUUUUUCUUCACUUCCACCCGUCGCGGUGCGAACACAUACCCAUCUCCUCUUCUUUCAAGGCAGCAUUCACCUGGUCGGAGUACUAGGAGUUCAGGCUUUCGUGUGGAGGCUUGGAUUGAAUAUAAUGUGUUGCAAGGGAUUGAAAAUAGUGCGCAUGUUCCAUGACUCUACUGUUACUAAUGGUGGUUUGUUACCUGGAAA